AUGCAACUCGCUAAUCUGCAUAAGCUUGGGCUUGGAGCUUUCGACAAUUCUUCUGAUACGAUCCUUCAAAUCCAUAUUCAUCUGAGCAUUGCGCAGAAACUUGACAAUUUGAGGUGCGGUCUCUUGCACAUCAAGUACAGGAUCCUUCUCCAAUCGAACCGUAAUCUUGACAUUGCUGGCAAACGAUCCCAGUUCGACCACGAGAGAGCGUCCAUUUCCUUCAAAUUCAACUGUUCUACUUUCGUUAAGGCUCGUGACGAUGGAUACCUGUGCUUUCUCAUGUCGCUGAUAUCCGAUAAACUGCACAUUCCACUCGCGUGUAUGGGAAGUUUGAUCUUCACCACUUGUGGGACCGAUGGUCAGUUCAUUGCUUUCUUGGUGGAAGGAAAUCGGGGUGCGGCGGAACUUGAUUUGAUCCACGGAUUGACCUUUGCCGUCAUCUUCAAGGAGCUCAAAUUUACCGUCGGCACCAACAACCACCAUGAGUUCCAACACAGUAGGGUUCUCGCAGCCAUUUCGAAGGAUCGGGGAUGA